GAGGGAACCUGAGGAUAAAGAGUGGAGAAGAGUGGUGCUUCACUCCAAGUGUUUGCUGCCCCCUUGUGGUCUCAGGGAGUGCUGUGGUCCCAGAUCCCUUUUUAACAGUCCGCUGGCCACCCAACGGUUUCACUAGCGUCUCAAAUUCAGCAUGUCGAAAAGAAGUCUGAAACUGGGAGUCAUCCUAGACUCUUUCCUUCUCAGUUCAGUCACCAACUCUUCACCAAACCUAAGUCUCCCAGCUUAAUCGACUUUUCUGUAUUCCCACUGCCAUUUCUCUUAAUUCUCACAAAUCAUUUAACAACUAUCUGAGCGCCUAUUAUACACUAGGCAACAUACGAGUCUCAGUGGACACGCCCCCGGGACCCCGCGGCCGUUGGUCGAGGCCCAGUUCCCCCACCCCCUCUGGCGGCAGCACAAAUUGGUUUGCUCACAAAUUGGUUUGCCCCCUGAUGAAAACCCUCCGUGGCUUGCCAUGCCCACAGAAUGAAGUCCAAUGUCAGAACUCGGUGACCAAGGGACUCCCCCGCGCAGCAGCAGUCACUUCGAACGGAACCCCUUGCCUCUGUCCAAAGUAAAACCCAAUGCUUCGCCUUUGUUCUUGCUGUGCGCCCAGCUGGUGACGCCAGCGGAACCAUCUUCUCAGGGCCAGAUCCUUCCCAACUUUGGGACACGAGUCUCUGAUGGUGGCUCCUCUCCGCAGGGCUCUCUCUCCACCCCAGUAGGGAUGCCCUUGCUCCAGGAUGUAACAUCGGAGACUGUCUACAUGUUCAUGGUCUCGGGACGUUCUGGCUCAGCUGACUCCUAGAAGUCCCCGCGAAACUCAGCUUUCCCGCUGAGGCACCGCUAAGCACGGCCCCUUAGGUCCCGCCCCUACACGGCGUGCGCGGCCCCGCGGCUUCGGCGCGCUCCCGGCUUGGGCGCCAUCUUGGCUCCUGAUCGAAUUUGAGGCGUGCGCGGCCAGGGUGGGAGCUUGGAGUAUAGGAGCCUCUGCGAGCGGAGUGAGGGGGCCUUGUCCCGGUCUUGGAGAGCUGUAGUGGGCCGUGAAAUUCAGACACAACAGCAAGUGGGAUGGAGCACUACCGGAAAGCUGGCUCUGUGGAACUCCCAGCACCUUCUCCGAUGCCCCAGCUACCUCCUGAUACCCUGGAGAUGCGGGUCCGAGAUGGCAGCAAAAUCCGCAACCUGCUGGGGCUGGCACUGGGUCGAUUGGAGGGUGGUAGUGCACGGCAUGUGGUGUUCUCAGGUUCUGGCAGGGCUGCAGGAAAGGCGGUCAGCUGUGCUGAGAUUGUCAAGCGGCGGGUACCAGGCCUCCAUCAGCUUACCAAAUUGCGCUUCCUGCAGACCGAGGACAGCUGGGUGCCAGUCUCACCUGACACAGGCCUAGAUCCCCUCACGGUGCGCCGCCAUGUACCUGCAGUGUGGGUACUGCUCAGCCGGGACCCCCUGGACCCUAAUGAAUGUGGCUACCAGCCUCCAGGAGCACCCCCUGGCUUGGGCCCCACAUCAAGCUCCAGCUGUGGCCCACGACCCCGAAGAAGGGUUCGAGACACUUGGUCCUGAAGAUCUGCUGAGCAAGCUGUUCCCCAGGCAUGAAUGUCUAUGAUGGCUUUGCCUUCUCUGAGAAAUCUCUGUAACUGUUCAACAUCCCCAACAAGACUUGAAUCUACAGAAGGGAGCCUCCCUGUCCUGCUUCCCCUUCUCUCUGGUGUGUGAAAAGGGACUGCUACAGUGACAGGUGUGCAGUCUUAGGUGGCUUCUGGAUUGCUUAAGAAGGGCUUACUCAGCCUUCUCCCUACUGUGCUUCUGUCCUUUCUUCUGACAGAAAUCCAGGGAGUGGUUAGGAAAUAAAGUUUCUGCCUAAUUGUC